GUUUUGCGCGAUUGGACACGCGUUUAACCGAUUCUAAUAGAUUUUUUGGAACUCGACUUUUAACGUGGCACAUGAUCGACAGUCGCGUGUCUCCGUUAUUAUAGAAGAUCAUGGUGUUGUUCAAGCGAAAACCCGUCCAGUACCUUCCGCGACCCGUGAUCGAAGAUGACAGCUCCGAGGUCUGGGUUAUCCCAGAGACCAACGAGGUCUUUACCAGCUACGAACCGUACCUUCAACGAAUGGAUUUCUACAAACAGAGGCGGUUUAUAUGUGAGAUCACGGGCCACUCGGGUCUGAAUUUUUUCGAAGCGCUCAGCAGUGAAAUGGAGGAGUCGCGCGAGGUCAACAACAGCUUCCCCGACGCUCUCAAAGAACCCAUUCUACGCCGGAUUCAAUUUUCGACGGUAUCGAGGGUCGACAAUCUUGUGGAUGAGAUUUACGAAGACUUCUAUCCCGGCGAACCGGUCCUAAUAUUACUCACGGAUAACACACGUCUCCAUGGCAUGAUCAGAGACAAGGCCAACUUCUCUGAACAAUUGAAUCCCGACGGAACCAUCAAAACUCCUGCUUAUGCUAGAUACCUGGUGAAGAUCUUGGACCGCCCAAAUGAAGAAGCUCUCCUGGAUCAAGAGCACAUCACCCGGGAUCGGAAGACUUUCACCAAACAAAUGCUGCGCGCUUUCAUAAAGAACAACGUCACCAGAGAAUCUUGGAGCGGCGCCCCGUGGUUGGUUAAGCCCUCCAUAGCUGAAGAAUACAAGAUCCCAACGGAAGUCCCGAAACAUCUACAGUAUGGUGCCAAGGUUGCCGAAAAGAAGGCCAUGAAGAAGGCGGACCAGGAAGGGUUCUUUGGCUUCUUCGCGUCGCAACAGCUGCCAGAGCUGAAGCCAGCAGUCAAGGGCCAGAAAUCUAAGCCCUCGGCCCAAGAACUGGCUCGAUCUAAGGAGGCGCAAUUUCUCGAGUACCAGCGUUCGCUUAACGGGAACCCGACUUUUGUUGUUGGGGGCAGCAGCACACCAAACGCAACUCCUCCUGCCCGUACCCCGAAGCCGCUGGAAGGCGACAAGAAACCACAGCCGGGCCCGGAAGUUGUGAUCAAAAACGAACCCCCUCAACCGCCUUCCCCACCACCAAUCAAAUAUCCCAUCGAGGAUCUAGACAUUGCUCCCGACCGCGAGAAAAAGCCACGCCCAUCCCUAAACUUCUUGAAGGUCGAUGAGACCGAUGACGCUGACGAUGAGGAUCUAUUACACGAUGACAUCAGCCAGGAAUCAGUGGGAUUGCUCUUGGAGACGUGGAACACCCUUAAUGUAUACUGCGAAGUUUACCAGUUGGAUUCGUUUACUUUUGACGAUUUCCUUCAGGCCAUGCGGUUUUCAUCUGAAGACGUUGACUGUGAGCUCUUCGUGGAAAUGCACUGUGCUGUGUUGAAGAAGCUUGUCAAUGCAGAAAAGGACCAGAAUGGCGCCGUCCAGAUUUCUCUCCCAGACCUCCCCGUGGACGAUUCGGAUGAGUCUGAUGAGGAGGAAGACGACGAGGAACCUACCCCGGAACCCGAACCCAGAGUUACGAGAAUGACCACUCGCAGCAGCCUGGCCAAGGCUGAAGCAGAAAACCUGAAAACGCAAGGAGAUCGAAGCCGCUCCACUUCUGAGGAGGUCAAAAUUCACCGGGCGAGUGAGAUGUUCGCGGACUAUGGAUGGAUUGAUCGUCUGCGAAAACGGGAUUUCCGAAAUGGUGGAUGGGAAUUGGUGAUGAUCGGUCUCUUGCAUCAACUAUCUGUCCGUCCUCGGAUGGAGAAAAUUUGCGAUGAAAUCCUCAAGCAUCUGGCCCCUCUUGAUGCCGAACCAACCCAGGAAACUGCACAGCUUCAGUACUCCACUCUCGAUAUCAAUCUACGGGUCCAGGCACUUCAGAUCAUCUGCAUGCUCAGUUUGGAAACUAAAUCUAUUAGAAACUAUCUCGAGGAGUGCAGUAAUCAGAUGACGGAGUUCCGCAAAGAGAAGAUCGAGUACCAACGGGCUCGUAAGGCAGGACUGGAAGAACUCCGCCGGCUACACCAAGAGCGAAAGGCACUGCAACCUGAACCGGAGAAGUCAACAUCGCCAGUUCCCGAACUGGAGGAGGGGCUGGAAGAUUCCAGAAUGACUGGGGUCGACGUGGAUUCGGAUCAGGCCAUGGAUACGGACGACGAUGGCCCAAAACAACGUUCGCUGCGCGGAGGUGUGGACCGAGCCCUGGAGCGGAAGCGGAAGCAAGAUGAAGAACGUGAAAGAAAGGAGCAGCUGGCGAAGCAGCCCAAGGGAACCAAACAGUAUCAACGCGUGCUCAAGAAGAUCGAUGAACAGAAGGCCAGCAUUGAGAAGCUUGAAGAAAAUAUCGAAGUGAUGGACACCGAUCUGAGGGAGGCCGACUGUCCGCGCACCCGAUGUUUGGGUAAGGAUCGAUUCUGUAACCGAUACUGGUGGUUCGAGCGGAACGCGAUGCCGUAUGGUGGGAUGCCCAACAGCUCUACAGCGGAUGCUGAGUAUGCCAACGGUCGCCUUUGGAUUCAGGGUCCCGAUGAGAUGGAGCGAGUAGGAUUUAUCGAGGUGCCAGAGGAUCAAAAGAAGCAGUACGAGAAAGACUUCCAGACCACGCCCGCCGAACGCAAAAAGACGGAGGAGGGAUCUACGGGCCUUUUGAAUGCCAACGAAUGGGGUUAUUACGACAAUGCCGAGUCUAUUGCGGAACUGCUCGAAUGGUUGGACUCACGAGGUAACCGGGAGUCGAAAUUACGCAAGGAGAUUUUGUCGCAGCGUGAGCACAUCGUGAAGUACAUGAAAAGUCGUGAAGAGUACUUGUCACAGAACGCUGAAAGGGCCGAGUCAGAGGAAGCGCCAACUAAACGGACAAGAAACAAGACGUAUGUGGAUGACCGAAAACACCGCUGCUUAAGAUGGCGAAACACAACGUCCUUGUCUGAGAAUGGGCAUCUUCAUGUGGAAGCCUCACGACCAGCCAAGCGGGCCAAGAGAAACACGGACGAACCAAAGGAUCUCAAGGCGACAAACCGUCAAGGCAAACCGCUGACCCGACAGGGCACGCGGUACCAGUUCUAAUUGAUCUCGUGGUCCAACUUGCAAGGCUGGGCGC